AUGGCAAAGUACUUGACGCCGGCCAAGCUCGGGCUCUUGGUCCUUAUCGAGCUCUACCUCGAGGGCGCGAUCCCCAGCGAUGCCGUCCUGCCCGUCUUAUCCUUCAUCACCUCCCAUCUCAUGGACCGGAGCAACACGACCCCGGGCACCAGCGCAGACCAGUCGUCACGAUGGGAGCGGGCGGAAAAGACGGUGAGCCUCGUCAUCAGCAUCAAAGACUUUGAGAAGCUGCUGGGCAGCUAUCCGUUCCUCAUGGGCAUGCCGGGCAAGAAGCUCUGGGAUCAGUUCCUUGGACGGCUGUGGGCCCUCAACUCGCUCGAUGCGCUGCACAUCUUCCUCGAUACCUUGCCUAGGAUGCUUGCCAUGACGAAGCGGGAGCUCCAGCGCCAGACUGAAACUGGGUCGCCAGAUCCUGAUGAAGGAAACAAGACCGUCAAGUUGUCGCGCAACUCGCUGUUCGGCUCAACUAUUCGAAGAGCCAGGGUUGAGUACAGCCGGCUCAAGUGGCAUGAUACGACACAGCUCUGGCAAGAUUUCGUCCGGUACCGACAGCCUACGGCGCACUACAUGCGGCGAAAGGCGCCUUCGAGUUUCGGCCGGCUUAGUUUCGAUUGCGUCUUGGAAGAAGGCGAGAAUGAAUCAUGGGAGACCGGGCAGGCGAUGACACUGGCAUCCGUCGCGUAUGGCGACAUGCUCUCGGGCGACCACAUGGGUUCGCUGCCGGUGAGCAGUGAUGAUAUUGAAGUGCUGCUUGAAUUCCAGGUUCAGCAGAUGCAAAAAUAUGGGAGUCGUGUCCCAUCAGAGAUUCGACAUCAAUUCCAUGACCUCCUGAACGACAGUUGUACCGUUCCUAGUCUCACACACUAUGUCAAUUUCCUCGAGUCCUGGCGAGCAGGUGACUAUCCCUCAGCUUUUGAUCUUCUCCAUCGGUACUUUGAUUAUACGGCGCAAACCCGAGACCGAUUCUUCUAUCAGUACGCCCUGAUGAACCUGGCCGUCCUGCAGGCAGAUUUCGGCUGCUACAAAGACGCCGUGACGGCGAUGCUCGAGACCGUCUCGACGGCCAGAGAGAACAAAGACAUGGCAUGCCUCAACUUUGCGCUCAACUGGCUGUUCCACUUCGGGCGCUCACAUCCCGACCUCGUGCGCAACCUCGAGUCCAAGAGCAUGAUUGGGACCGGGAAGGAGACGCUGGCCUUUCUUCGUGUCAAGGCGAAGGAGGCCGGGAUGUGGAGUCUCUUCAGCUCGGUCCUGCUGAGCGAAGCCAAGCUGUCUAUGAUGAACGGGGAGAGCAUCGCGACGGCAAUAGAGUGCAUGGUGCGCAGCUCUCACCUCAUAGUAACGAGAAACAUGCGGAUCAUGUUUGGGUCGCAGCUGUCGAUGUACGGCUGCUUCUGGGACCGACUAGGCCUGACGUAUCUGGCGACGACGGCGUGCGAAGUCUUUGUCCGCGGUCAUGCGCCCUAUGCGGUGUUCGAGGACGAGCUCAGGCUCACAUGCCGGCUCGCGGUCGCACUGGCCAACAAAGGCGAGUACGACGAGGGGCUGAAGCUGAUGAACUUGCUCGACGGCCACUCGCUGCGAGCGUGGAAGGCGAUGCAGCACUGGCGUCGGUGCAUGGGCAUCAUCAAGGGGCAGCGCUAUCUGCACCGCAACGACCUCGAGGGCGCCGAGCACAUCAUGGACCAGCUGGUGCAGUCGUCGGACGAAGACAUGGAUCCAGAUGUGGCGUAUAUGAUUGAGAUGAUGCACGUCGACCUGCUGGUGCGCAAGGGCGAGCUCCAGGAAGCUUUUGAGCGGGUCGACGCCACCAUGGUCCGGCUGCACAAGCUGGACUGCGACAAGGCGCUGCGGAUCAGGCUCAUGCUCUGCAAGGUGUCGCUGCUGGACAAGUGCGGGCGGCCGCAGCGCGCGUUCUCCAUGGCCAUGCAGGCGUCUUCCUACGCGCUGAAGGCUCGGCUGCUGCCGUUACUCUGGCAGUCGAUGGGGGCAGUGGCCAACAUGCUAGUGUCGCGAGGUGAGUUUGGGGCCGCGUCGAAGCUACUGAGGGUGGCCAUCCCGCGGGCCAUCGAGGGCGAGCAGUUUGAGAUAUCCGGGCAGCUGUACUCGAUCCUGGGAGAUGCCUACAUGGGACUCGCAGGCCGUUCGAAGCCUGAGUCGAAGCAGAGGAAGGAGUACAUGACGAGGGCCAUGGGGGCCGUCUCGGAGUCGUUUGACCGCUACUCCAAGCUUGAAGAUAUCAUGCGGCAACGAGAGAUGACGGCCAAGAAGGCGGUGAUUAUGCAGCUCUCCGGGGACAUGACCCUGGCGGCAGGAUACGCUGCUGCAUAUGUGUCGUUGCAACAAAAGGGGGAAGACAUCAAGGCUGCUGGGGAGGGUGUCAAGGCUGCAGAUGAAUAG